UCCAUGUUAGCCGUGAAGUUAAAAAUGGGGAAGAUUUAGCAGAAUUCCAGUGUUUUUAGCUAAGCUGGAGGAAAGAAGUGCAUAAAGAAAAUCUCUGACAGUUGAAAUUUUUAGACAAUCAGGGAGUCCCCUGGAAUUAAGUGAAAUGAGGGCUUCUUAACUCAGCUGAUAGGGAAACGGGACAGACCCUUUCCAUCAGUCCAAGUGGGUGUUACCUUUCCUUACCAGCAUGGUCAACCAGAGGGCACAUGCCAGCCACGUUGGACAUGUCUCUCUGAUCCCACGGUACUCAAAGUGAGUGAACGCAGCCUGCCGCUGACUUUCCCUUCUUCAUGGGCUUCGGGAGUAGCAGGAGAAGCAACAGCAGCAGCACAGCCACAGCUGGAACUGCAAGAAUGAACUGCAAGGAGAGAAAUGACAGCAGCUGUGGCUGUAGUGGCAACGAAGAGAAGAAGAUGCUGAAGUGUGUGGUGGUGGGGGACGGUGCUGUGGGAAAAACCUGCCUGCUGAUGAGCUACGCCAAUGAUGCCUUCCCAGAGGAAUACGUGCCCACUGUGUUUGACCACUAUGCAGUUACUGUGACUGUGGGAGGCAAGCAGCAUUUGCUUGGAUUGUAUGACACUGCAGGACAGGAGGACUACAACCAGCUGAGGCCGCUCUCCUACCCCAACACUGAUGUGUUUUUGAUCUGCUUCUCUGUUGUGAAUCCUGCCUCUUACCACAAUGUCCAGGAGGAAUGGGUCCCUGAGCUGAAGGAUUGCAUGCCCCACGUGCCUUAUGUCCUCAUAGGGACACAGAUUGAUCUCCGUGAUGACCCGAAAACCUUGGCCCGUUUGCUGUACAUGAAAGAGAAACCUCUCACUUACGAGCAUGGUGUGAAGCUUGCAAAAACGAUUGGAGCACAAUGCUAUUUGGAAUGCUCGGCCCUGACUCAGAAAGGUCUCAAAGCCGUUUUUGACGAAGCAAUUCUCACCAUCUUCCAUCCCAAGAAGAAAAAGAAAUGCUGCUCUGAGUGUCACAGCUCCUGUUCAGUUAUCUGAGAUGGCUUUAAAUCUGUCUCCGCCCUAUCUCAGGGUGAGAAUGGCAGCCAGCCUCCGUCCUUGUGCUCAAGCCAACAAGGGGUCACAGCCAGAGAGGACGUCCCUCACGCACAGGCUUGCUCCUCCUCCCUGUGAACUGGACAAGCACAGCACACUUGCCCACCAGCUGCCACCUCCUUCCUACCAGCCAGAAGCACCCACGUUGCGCACUCUACAAGGAUGUUGGCACAGCAUGUGUCACUGCUGACCGGGUUGGCCACAGUCAAAGGUCGCCUUGCAUUUUUUCUCUGCACCCUCCACCCCCACCCUGUGAACAAGCAAUCACCACAGGAGUCCCAGAAGAGGCAUUCAGCUCCUGAACUGGUGGUCUUUCUUGAUGUCUUUCACAAAAUAGAGGACAACAGUACUAACCACUGCUCCGAACCUGUUACUCUACCCAUGUGUCUUGCAUUUAUUUGUAUUAUUUUAAGAAACUUACUAAUUCACCAGUUUACUCAGGCCUUACAGACCCAGACCAAAUUAGUCCAAAAACAAAGUGUUUUUUCCAUUUCUCUUUCUGCAUGUUUCUACCAAAGUUAUUAGAACCAACAUAUACCUCUGAAUGCCUAGUUACAAGGACCUACAGGAAAAUGUUUAAAACUUUUGGAAACUAAAACAGAACUAAAAUCUUUCAACUGGUUGAAAGAAAACACAAUUUGAUUUGUUGUACAUUCAUUUUGCCAAUGAUUCACCCUAGAAAUGCUUAUGCUUAUGGUCAAACUUUCUUUCAUGUUAUUUGGACAUGAAAAAAUUAUACUUGUAUUCAGUUUUAUUUUAUUUGGACCUGGAAAAAUUACAAAUGUGUUUCUGCUCUUUAAUUCAAAUUAAUUGAGAGCUGGAGAAAGAAUAUUCUAAGAUCUAUUUUUUUUAGUACUUUAUAUUCAAUCCUGUGAACUCUUUUGCUCCUUCCUAUUCUUGUUACUGUUUUCCUCCCUUGAUUUCUCAAUUUCUUUCUCUUUGUUCUCCCAAUAAUAACCUGAUCUAAAAGAAGGAUCUGACUAUAGGGCAUGAAAAAGCAAAUGAUUUGAAGUCCCCAAAGAUUACACAAAGUGCCUCCAUUUUUCCACUUGCUACAACUGAAAGUGCUUCUGAGUUCUUCCAUACCAGCGCCAUUCUAUUUAAAUGACCCUUUCCAAAUAUAGUCGGUGCUAAAAUAUUGCCUCUUCCUACUUCCUAAGCCCACUAUCCCAGGUGUUUGUUUAGGACCUAGGUCUGUACCCUCCAAACUCUAAGUGUUUUUUUAUUCUCUGCCUUCUACACAAAGUGAUAUAUUACAUGAACAGGGACUUUGGUCAAGUAGAGAUUCCCAGAGAAGAAUUUGUGUGCCUUUGCCAUAGGACACUUCCAAACAUGUAGUAAUUCAUUUAUCACAGAAUGAGUGACUUCCUAACUUUUAAAUAGAGGCUGUGAAGUCUUCUAACUAGUUGUAUCUGCUUAUAAUUGCCUACAAACCCUCAGGUAGGCUCUUAACUCAUUUCAACUGCAUAAAGCAAAAUGUCUCUUUGCAGCAUGAAAUUAUACUAAUUCUAAUUUUAAAACUUUCAGAUUCACACUCUUUUUAUUACAAAAAAAAUCUACUGUUUCUAGUCUCUCCUUCACAUAGGAAAACUUACAAUGUGGCUUCUUUCUAGAAGGUCUGUUAUAACACUGCCUGUUUUUGUUGUUUUGCUUAUGGAAAUUUUCUGAAAUGUAUUUUUCAUUAUUUCCCAUUUCAAAUUCUAUUUUCCUUCUCCCCAUAAAAUUGUUAAAAGCCUGUCUUACACACACAUACAUACCAAAAAAAGUCAAAGAAAAGAGGAGUUUUGAAAGUUAAGCUUGACAUUUAGAGAAAAUAAGUACUUUGAAGAUGGAAAUCAAUUGUGUAUAAACUUUAACUCUGAAGAGACCAUGAAUUUAUCUUUCCCAAACAAUGAGAACCAUCUAUCCUUGUAAUAAAUGACUUCAUGAUAACCAUUUUUGUUACACUAGUACAUAGUUCUAUCUUGCUAAAAUUUCACUUCUUUUUAU